AUGUACGGUGAAGGAGGAGAGGAAGACCCGCCUGGCGAAGGUGUAGCAAGAGAAGGAGCGCUCAGGAAACCUGAUCAACUCCCGCCACGUGUCUGUGAUGGUGGCCACUCCACGACUCCCCCAACACUGCAUGUUAUCACCGCCCACCACUCCACGACUCCCCCAACACUGCAUGUUAUCACCGCCCACCACUCCACGACUCCCCCAACACUGCAUGUUAUCACCGCCCACCACUCCACGACGCCUCCAACACUGCAUGUCAUCACCGCUUACCACUCCACGACGCCCCCAACACUGCAUGUCAUCACCGCUUACCACUCCACGACGCCCCCAACACUGCAUGUCAUCACUGCCCACCACUCCAGGACGCCCCCAACACUGCAUGUCAUCACUGCCCACCACUCCAGGACGCCCCCAACACUGCAUGUCAUCACCGCCCACCACUCCACGACGCCUCCAACACUGCAUGUCAUCACCGCUUACCACUCCACGACGCCUCCAACACUGCAUGUCAUCACCGCUUACCACUCCACGACGCCCCCAACACUGCAUGUCAUCACUGCCCACCACUCCAGGACGCCCCCAACACUGCAUGUCAUCACUGCCCACCACUCCAGGACGCCCCCAACACUGCAUGUCAUCACCGCCCACCACUCCACGACGCCCCCAACACUGCAUGUCAUCACCGCCCACCACUCCACGACGCCCCCAUCACUGCAUGUCAUCACCGCCCACCACUCCACGACGCCCCCAACACUGCAUGUCAUCACCGCCCACCACUCCCAACAACACGCCAUACAACCCAGAACAAAAACUCCAACUUGCGAACACAGGAUAAACACACACGUACACGCGAAAGCUCUGUAG